UCGAAGUUCGGUCGGCAACCAAAGAAACACCAACGUGCUAUGUUGGUACAAUCCGAAUCUUCCUCUCAAACGUUCAUUGAAGGUUGCAUAAACAACUUACAGAACUUCAAACAGGUCCAGAAGCGGGUAAACAUAGUAGACUAUGGCUGUGCUACUUGAAAAUACUACCAAUACAGUGUGGCAAGCUUUUAUCUCUCUCCAGCAGGACGACAGUGGUUUCGUGCAUAAAUCAAAAUUGAAGGUACUCACCGCAAACAUUGGAACAGUACUCGAUCUAUACGGCGUCGAGAAAGGCCUAGAACAUUUCAGAAGCUCCCAAACCCUCAACUUCAUCCAGUUCAAGUACUACCUCCAGAAAGAAGUGUUCAGCUCGCUACCCGACAAGCUCAGCCUUACCGAACUCCGAAACUAUGAAUCCAACAUCGCAGACAUAUGCUGGAGGCUUUGCAAGAAGCAACUCAUCCCCAGAAAAAACUCCAUACUUCCCGAAACGUCAAUCUUUCAGAUCUUCCGAACAUUUUCCGUCCUAGCCGAGCUCAUACCGGACAGCAAAAACGAAAACGGUUAUCAGGUGCUGCUACACCCUUCCGAAGCGCGGUAUGUAUCGCAGAAGAUAGCAAAAUCGUUAGGGAGCCACUUCGAGGAUGAAGAUUUCAUCAACUUGAACGUGACCACGAGCAGCAUCAGGUUGAGCGCUUUUAUAGCGCUGAUAGAGUCUAAAUGUCUAGCUGGUAUAACAGACUCCCAAGCCAUAUCCGAGGCUAUCACCAAUAUCUACCAGACUAUAGUCGAAGAUGUGAUCAAGAAGGGACUGAUGACCAAAAAGGGCUACAUCUUUCCAACGAUGCGAGAAUACUGGUUUGUCCUUCGACCUUCCGAACUUACCUAUUUCAAAACAAGAACCGAAAAGGACAGAUGCGGAUCUAUACCCAUAGAAUCAGGAAGCAGGAUAGAAUCCAGGUCAGGCAACAAAAUAGCUCUCUGCACUCCAGACAGGACCUUCGAGUUCGGCACCACAGACUACAUGACAAGAUUGCAGUGGAUCUCCGCCCUCCAACUGGCAGCAGACCACGCGGAUGGUUCGCAGAGCUACCAGAGACUCCAAUUCGCCAAGAGGAAGUUGCUCAGACGUGACAGGUUUCAGGAGAUGGUCAAGGCCAAGGCGCAGCUCCAACAGGAGAGGAUAGCUAGAGAGAUGGCCGAAGAUGAGGCGAAAGAACUGAAGGCGGUAGUGAUCGAGGAGACCAAAAAGUUGAACGACCUCGAGGAACUGAAGAAGAAACUUGAGAAGCUGUUGGUCGAAGAAACGCAAGCUAAGCGGGAUGAGGAGAUAGUGAGAAACCUUCAGGCUAGGGUGUUGGCCGAGGAGUGGGAGAAGAGGGAAGAGCUGGAGAGAUUACAGGAAGAACAGAGGUUGCUGCUUGAAGAGGAGAGGGGGAAGAGAUUGGAGUUCGAGGAACUGCAGAGGAGGAAGGAAAAACAAUUAAGAGAUGCAGAAGAACGGCUCAAACAAUUGGAAAAUGAAAAACAACUACUUGACGAUCAACUCAGAAUUGCUCAUCAGAACAUAAAGAAAUCGGAGAACGAGAAAGAAAUCGUUGAAGCUAGGCUACAUCAAGUGUCACCGACUCUUCGAAGUCUUGCUAAAGUCAGAAGAACUCAAUCCUUCAUACCGAGUACGAAAGAGAAACCAGUCAUCCUGAAAAAUAUCAACAAUCUUGAACCCGGAAAAAACAAGAGAUCUUCGGAAAUAUUGGACUGAGUAUUUUCGAUUCCUUUUCUGUAUGGCUUCACUUUUUCUCUUUCAUUUCGUUGUGUUUCUUCAGAUUAAUAUUUCUCCAGUAUUGUCAUUGAUGUAAACUAUAUUUAUUUGUAAAUUUCAUUUCGAAGAAAUUGAUGAUAAGACUUUAAGGAACAAUAACCAUAAAUGUAAGCAAAAUAAAUGUAAAAUAAAUAAAAAUAAAAAAAAUAACUUAGCCAGACUAUCUUCUA